AUGACUACUGCAUCUAGACCCACUUGGUGUCCAGCAAAAGGGGACGAGCUAGACAUCAAUGCAGCGCCGUCUUUGUACUAUUCGGCAAAAGACCAGAUUGCACACAAAAAACUAAAGAUCAGGCAGCCAGGCCAGAGCUCAGUUGAGGAGAUUGAAAAGAAAAGGAUCAAAUUCGACAAAGCUACGGAGGAAAAGCUUAAAUUGCUAGCAUCUCUCUCACAGCGAUUCGACGAAGAUGGAGAUGCUGAUGAGCAUGUCAGUGAACAUGGGAUAGGGACAAGUGGGGUCCAACCUGACACACAUGAUGGUCUUGAAAACGAGCCCGAAAAUGAAUCCCAAAAUCAAAACACAAAUGUUGGACUUGAUGAGCCGGAGCAUGGUGGUUCUUUUGAGCAAGAGCAAAAUUCUGAUGAUCAGGAAGAAGACGAUACAGAGCUGCUCCUGUUGGAAUUGGAAAAAAUAAAAAGGGAACGCAUGGAGGAAAGAAAGAAGCUCGAGGAUACCGAAGACUCUGUGAUCAUGGGCAGCAAUCCCUUAAGGUUUCAAAAUCAGAAAAAGGCCGCUGCAGUGGUGCCGUGGACGGAGGACACCACAAAGGUCAAAACGGAACACAUCAAAGAGGAGAAACCUCCGAUUUCCAGGAUAGCCAACGUCGGUGCAGAGACCAUAUCAAAUGUGUCAUUUGACGAGUAUCCGGGAACAUAUUCCGCUGACCUUGUUGACCCAUAUUUUGAUAUCGAAAAGUUCAAAUUGAAUCUCAACGUAAUCGUAUAUCCUUCGGCAGAUCAGGAUGAGCUGGAGUUCGAUUUGGUCGGUGUAGACUCAUCCAUCGCCAAUGCUAUACGUCGCAUUUUAAUAGCAGAGGUGGGUGUCUUUUUUGCUGUUUUUGUCUACAUUCUAAAUAACACCUCCAUCGUCCAAGACGAAAUAUUAGCACAGCGGUUAGGGCUCAUUCCCAUCUUUAUUGAUCCGCGGCGGCUCUCCGCAAAGGGAGCACACGAGGAGGCAAACGAUAUGAACACAAUUGUCUUUCAGCUGAAGGUCAAGUGUGAAUUGGCGCCCAAGGUCGGAAAUGAACCGAGGCAGAUGAUUAACGAAAAUGGUAUGUGCACGCUUUUCACCGCGUAG